AUGGGAAAAGGAUCACCUGCUUGCAUGUGUUGGGACAAUCGAUUAGGACCCAAAGAUGCCGUAGGGGAUAUCAAGUAUUGAGUCUAUUGACUGACCACAAGUUAAUCCUCAACUCUCUUUAAGCUUUCAUCCAGAAACUCUCCGACCAUGGCUUCCUCUACCCAAAAACCCUCUUCUUCUUCUUCCACCUCAAUCCGUCAAUAUAACUUCGAUGUGUUCUUGAGUUUUAGAGGUGAAGACACCCGCAACAAUUUUACGGAUCAUUUAUUCGUAAAUUUGCAUCGGAUGGGGAUUAACACUUUCAGAGACGAUCAACUUGAAAGAGGAGAGGAGAUCAAAUCAGAACUUUUAAAAACUAUUGAAGAAUCAAGAAUUUCCAUAGUUGUGUUCUCAAAAGACUAUGCUCAGUCCAAGUGGUGUUUGGAUGAGUUAGCGAAGAUCAUGGAGUGCAGGGAAGAAAUGGAACAAAUAGUCUUGCCGGUGUUCUACCACGUGGAUCCUUCUGAUGUGCGAAAGCAAACAGGGAGCUUCGGAGAGGCAUUUUCCAUCCACGAAAGAAAUGUAGAUGAGAAGAAGGUGCAAAGGUGGAAGGAUUCCUUGACAAAAGCAAGCAAUCUAAGUGGUUUCCAUGUGAAUGAUGGGUAUGAGUCAAAGCAUAUUAAGGAAAUUGUUAGCAAGAUUUUUAAAAGAUCAAUGAAUUCUACACUAUUGCCCAUUAACGAUGAUAUAGUUGGGAUGGAUUUUCACCUUAAAGAACUAAAAUCAUUGUUAAGUAGUGACUCGCAUGACAUUAGUGUGGUUGGGAUCUAUGGAACUGGUGGAAUUGGUAAAACUACCAUUGCCAAGAUUGUUUAUAAUGAGAUCCAGUAUCAAUUCACUAGUGCUAGCUUUCUUCAAGAUGUUAGAGAGACAUUCAACAAGCGUUGUCAACUUCAACUACAACAACAACUUCUUCAUGAUACAGUGGGGGAUGAUGAAGAGUUUAGAAACAUCAAUAAAGGAAUCGAUAUAAUAAAGGCCAGACUUAGCUCAAAAAAGGUUCUUAUUGUAAUUGAUGAUGUGGAUGAGUUGGAGCAAUUAGAGUCAGUGGCCGGAAGUCCUAAAUGGUUUGGUCCAGGAAGUACAAUUAUCAUUACAACCAGAAACCGACAUCUGUUGGUUGAGUAUGAAGCGACUAUAUCAUAUGAGGCUACAGGAUUACAUUAUAGGGAAGCUCUUCAACUCUUCAGCCGACAUGCCUUUAAACAAAAUGAUCCUAAAGAAGAUUAUGUGGACCUCUCAAAUUGCAUGGUACAAUAUGCUCAAGGUCUCCCUUUGGCCCUUAAAGUUCUAGGUUCUUCUCUUCGAGGCAUGACAAUAGAACAAUGGGAAAGUGCAUUGAAUAAAUUGAAAACAAACCUUAACAAGAAAAUUAAUGAUGUGCUUAGAAUAAGUUUGGAUGGGCUUGAUUAUUCUCAAAAGGAGGUUUUCUUGGACAUUGCGUGUUUUUUCAAGGGUGAAUGCGAAGAUUUUGUGUCAAGAAUAUUAUACGAUUGCAAGUUAGAUCCAAAAAUCAACAUAAAAAAUCUUCAUGAUAGAUGUCUAGUAACUAUCCGAGACAACGUCAUACAAAUGCAUGACUUGAUACAAGAAAUGGGUUACGCAAUUGUUCGUGAAGAAUGUCCUAGAGACCCCCACAAAUGGAGUAGAUUGUGGGAUGCUGAUGAUAUUUAUAAUGCAUUUUCUAGACGAGAGGGGAUGGAAAAUAUUCAAACCAUAUCUUUGGACUUGUCUAGAUCAAAAGAAAUACAGUUCAGUACAGAAGUGUUUGCUACGAUGAAGCAACUUAGGUUGCUUAAAAUCUAUUGCAAUGAUCGUGAUGGUUUGACAAGAGAGGAGUAUAGAGUGCAUCUUCCUAAAGACUUUGAAUUUCCUCAUGAUUUGAGAUAUAUUCAUUGGCAAAGAUGCACUUUGAGGUCUUUACCUUCAAGUUUUUGUGGAGAGCAACUUAUUGAAAUCAACUUGAAGUCUAGCAACAUAAAAAGGCUUUGGAAGGGGAAUAAGCGUCUUGAAAAACUAAAGGGCAUUGAUUUAAGUAACUCAAAACAGCUUGUCAAAAUGCCAGAAUUCUCAAGCAUGCCGAAUUUGGAGAGACUGAAUCUUGAAGGUUGUACAAGUUUGUGUGAACUUCAUUCAUCUAUUGGCGAUCUCAAACAAUUGACUUACUUGAAUUUAAGAGGAUGUGAGCAGCUCCAAAGCUUUCCAACUAACAUGAAGUUUGAAUCUCUUGAAGUCCUUUGUCUCAAUCAAUGUCGAAAGUUGAAGAAGAUUCCUAAGAUCCUUGGGAAUAUGGGACAUUUGAAGAAACUUUGUUUAAAUGGGAGUGGGAUUAAAGAGCUACCAGACAGCAUUGGCUAUUUGGAAUCUCUUGAAAUUCUUGACCUCUCAAAUUGCUCAAAAUUUGAGAAAUUCCCGGAGAUAAGAGGGAAUAUGAAAUGUUUGAAGAGGCUUUCUUUAGAUGAGACUGCUAUUAAGGAACUCCCAAAUAGUAUUGGGUCCUUGACCUCUCUCGAACUUCUUUCUCUUAGAAAAUGUUCAAAGUUUGAGAAAUUUUCAGAUGUAUUUACCAAUAUGAGACGUUUAUUGAUUCUAAAUUUACGUGAAAGUGGUAUUAAGGAACUCCCAGGCAGCAUUGGAUGUUUGGAAUUUCUUCUACAACUUGACCUCUCAUAUUGCUCAAAAUUUGAGAAAUUCCCAGAGAUAAGAGGGAAUAUGAAACGUUUGAAGAGGCUUUCUUUAGAUGAGACUGCUAUUAAGGAACUCCCAAAUAGUAUUGGGUCCGUGACCUCUCUCGAAAUUCUUUCUCUUAGAAAAUGUUCAAAGUUUGAGAAAUUUUCAGAUGUAUUUACCAAUAUGAGACAUUUACAGAUUCUAAAUUUACGUGAAAGUGGUAUUAAGGAACUCCCAGGCAGCAUUGGAUGUUUGGAAUCUCUUCUACAACUUGACCUCUCAAAUUGCUCAAAAUUUGAGAAAUUUUCAGAGAUCCAGUGGAAUAUGAAAUUCUUGAGGGUGCUUUAUUUAAAGCACACCACUAUUAAGGAACUCCCUAAUAGCAUUGGGUGCUUGCAGGACCUUGAAAUUCUUGACCUCGAUGGUUGCUCAAAUCUUGAGAGGCUUCCUGAGAUCCAAAAAGAUAUGGGAAAUCUACGGGCUCUUUCUCUAGCCGGAACUGCUAUUAAAGGAUUACCCUGCUCAAUACGUUAUUUCACUGGACUUCAUCACUUAACUUUGGAAAAUUGUAGAAACUUGAGAAGUCUUCCAGACAUAUGUGGGUUGAAAUCCCUUAAAGGCCUCUUUAUAAUUGGUUGUUCAAAUCUAGAGGCUUUUUCAGAGAUCACGGAGGAUAUGGAACAAUUAAAACGCCUUUUGUUACGUGAAACGGGCAUAACAGAGCUGCCAUCAUCAAUUGAACACCUGAGAGGUCUUGAUUCCUUGGAAUUGAUCAAUUGUAAGAACCUUGUGGCUCUUCCCAUUAGCAUUGGUAGUUUGACAUGUCUUACUAUUCUUCGUGUUCGUAACUGUACAAAGCUCCAUAACUUGCCUGACAAUUUGAGAGGCCUACGGCGUCGCCUAAUAAAACUAGAUCUAGGUGGUUGCAAUCUGAUGGAGGGAGAAAUCCCCAGUGAUUUAUGGUGCUUAUCCUCACUGGAAUCUUUAUAUGUAAGUGAAAACCAUAUUCGUUGCAUACCCGCUGGCAUCACUCAACUUUUUAAGCUCAAAACCCUUAACAUGAAUCACUGCCCGAUGCUUAAAGAAAUUGGAGAGCUUCCAUCAAGUUUAACAUAUAUGGAGGCACGUGGUUGUCCAUGCCUAGAAACUGAAACUUUCUCAAGUCCACUUUGGUCUUCUCUGCUCAAAUACUUCAAAUCAGCAAUUCAGUCAACAUUUUUUGGACCGAGGAGAUUUGUCAUUCCAGGAAGUAGUGGAAUACCAGAGUGGGUAAGCCAUCAGAGAAUUGGGUGUGAAGUAAGAAUAGAGCUCCCAAUGAAUUGGUAUGAAGAUAACAACUUCUUGGGAUUUGUUCUAUUCUUCCAUCAUGUUCCCCUUGAUAAUGAUGAAUGUGAGACAACAGAAGGUAGUACUGCACAUUGUGAAUUGACGAUAUCCCAUGGUGAUCAAUCUGAACGAUUGAACAACAUAUGGUUUUAUCCUGAAUCUAAAACCUGCUACUCAUAUGAUUUAUCAUAUGUCUUUGAUAUAUCAAAUGACUUUGAUUCAUUAAAUGAAGACAACUGCUUCGACGUCCACUACAGUGGUAGCACAUCAGAUCCAGCAAUUUGGGUGACGUAUUUCCCUCAGAUUAAAAUUCGAGGUACGUAUCGAUCCAGUUGGUGGAACAACUUUAAGGCUCGCUUCCACACUCCAAUCGGUUCUGGCUCUUUUAAGUGUGGCGAUAACGCAUGCUUUAAAGUGAAAAGCUGUGGGAUACAUCUCUUGUACGCCCAAGAUCAGAUGCAUUGCACUCAGCCGUCAAGAGGAAGCCUUGGUGACAGAGAAGAUCACCCAGCCAAGAGAUUAAAGAUUCUCUAGUUUAUUUAAACCCUAGCAAGUUCUUAUGCAGAGAAAUCAAAUCAGAAAAAAUGAAGAUAUCUCUAGUUUCAAACUUUACUUAGCAAGGUAUGUCUUCUCAGUCUUUGGUUGAAUAUUAAAAUAUUUACUGACAAUUUUUAAUAUGAUUACAUGCUUGAAAGAAUAUGAAGUUUGAUAUGGGAUUAGAUGGUCAAGUCAUUCAAAUAGAUUCUAUUUUUUCUUCUCUUUUAUUUAUUUAUUUAUUUAUUUAUUUUUAAUUAUCCCAAAAUUUUACAAAAUUUGGAGAUCCCAUAUUCUUAGGUCUAAGUUUAAAACUCCUUUAUUUUUUCUAAUAAAUAUCUUAGGACCCUAUCAAAGCUUUAUCUUCCGAAUGAAUUAUUGAAUUUAAAAAGAAAGAUCAUAUUACAAUAGCUAUUUUGGUAGGCCAAAAUUUUUGUUUGAAUUAACUUAAAUUUUUAUUUGGAGCUUGAUUUAUGAAUUGGUAGGCCAAACGAUUGUUUUUCAAAUUGCACAAUUAUCUUAUAAGCAUGGGUUAAUAUUUAUUUUGAUCUUACUUUUCUUUAUUUUUAAAGAUGACAUUAUGAUAUACUCGUGGAACCAUGACUAAUCGUUGUCGUUGGUCAGGAUGCUGAGGAAACAUGACUAACUAUUGAUCCUGGAAUUGGAAGUGGUGGCAGAGAUGCAAGAUUGAACCAGAAGAGACUCUUUGUUUGGAUUGUGGAUUUUAAUUUGUAUGUUUUUAAGCAUGGAUAAUUUGAAUUGUGGAUUUGAAUUUGUAUGUUUUUAGGUAUGAAUAUAUUUAUUUAUUUGAAGUUAUUCACAAGUGCUUUUAAGAA